UACUGCCUAAUUUGUUCUCCACAGGUGUUGGGAAGUCAUGCCUCCUGCUCCAGUUCACAGACAAGCGCUUCCAGCCUGUCCAUGACCUCACCAUUGGAGUGGAGUUUGGUGCACGCAUGAUCACCAUCGACAACAAACAAAUCAAACUGCAGAUCUGGGACACAGCUGGCCAGGAGGCAUUUAGGUCCAUCACCAGGUCAUAUUACCGAGGAGCUGCUGGUGCGCUUCUCGUUUAUGACAUCACGCGCCGGGAGACUUUUAACCACCUGACACAGUGGCUGGAGGACGCUCGGCAGCACUCUAAUUCCAAUAUGGUCAUCAUGCUCAUCGGAAACAAGAGUGACCUGGAGUCACGGCGAGAGGUGAAGCGAGAGGAGGGAGAGGCAUUUGCACGUGAGCACGGCCUUGUUUUCAUGGAAACAUCAGCCAAGACCGCCGCCAAUGUGGAGGAAGCCUUCAUCAACACAGCAAGGGAAAUCUAUGAAAAGAUCCAGGAAGGCGUGUUUGACGUUCAUAAUGAGGCUAACGGUAUCAAAAUCGGACCCCAGCAUUCCCCCAGUGGAGCAGGGUUGGCGGGCAACCAGGGCGCCGCAGGAGGCCAGGGAGGAGGAUGUUGCUAAUCCGUGAGGAGCCCCUCCCCUCCCCUCCUUCACCCCACCCCCUUGGAUGACAGUGGGCAGGGGCAAGGACCUGAUGUAGAGAAGACUUUUUAAAAAGAAAUAAAAAGGGAGAUGUGGGAGUGCCCCCCCUUCCCUCCCCUGGCCCCCCUUUGCCUUGGGCAGGGAGGGGGGAGGUCCCAGGUUCUUUCUAUUCUGACAGCUACUUCAACCUACCAGGAAAGCACGAGCCAGAGUGCUUGGCAGAGAACGGGCAUGAUGGAAGCAGAAUCAAGCUGAGGUCACUGGUCAGCAUCUUCCUUUCUGUGUCCACCUUUAAGCAGCAGCCAUCAAAACACUCAGCAACUCUGCACUUGAGCCCAGCCCUCUCGCUUGCUGCCUUGCCAAAAGGAGGAACUUGGAGAGAUUGUACAUUUUGUGCAGUGUACAUUUCGUGUAUAUUUUGAUUGUGAGAAGAUUCCGUGGAUGUUGCAUUUUCAGCAUACCAAGUCAUUUGUUUAUUAGCAUCUGUAAUUGGAUUGGAUUUUUUUAUUUAGCACUUUUAGGGCAUGGGCAAUAGGUGUAUGUGGAGGUAAAGGAACAGUGAGUGAGUUAGGCAACAGCAAGCACAAACUUGUGCAAGUAAAACAUGUCAGACCUGCAAGCAUUUGGCAUCAUCAGGUCAAGACAGAAGUAGUCUAAUUAUAAUCUUUAUUUAAUUUUUUUUUUCCUUCCUUAUUACCAAGAAGAUGCCCAGCUUUGUCCAGGCAUCUUGCAGCACUUAAUAUUGUAUCUGCAUUUUGAUUCACCGACACUUCAGUCGGUACCUGGGACGAUGGGAAAGAAAAAAAAACAAGAAUAAUAAUUGAUAUUUUUUAUACUUGCAUGUAGACUCCUAUAUCAUUGGUCUGGAAUAGUUCUGUAUAACUUAAUAUAUAUUGACACCUUUAUUCUCUAGGUUUUCCAUAAUGCUGAAUCAGUAUAUAUAUAUAUAUAUAUGUAGGAACUGAAAGGUCUUUGAAGCCAAAGACCAUCAUGUUUUUAGUACUGAUGGUUCCACUUAGAGCUUGGGGGAGUACCUCGUCUUUCGCUCAGAUCCUUAGCGUUCUGUGAUGUUGUGGGUUAGUCAUGCCAGCUUCUGAUCGUUGAUGCAAGCUGCUCUCUAGAGUAGGGGUACAAGAAAACCAUGUAUAUGUAUAUAUGUGUAUAUGUACAAGUCCCCCAUCUCCUUUCCCAUUUCACCAAACCCUUUAACACCUGUCCCUUCCCACCCCUACCCCUUAAUUCCAAGAAUGUGACAAAAGACAUGAUAGCAGCCCUUCUUAUAACUCAGAACUUUUGCAGAGGUAGUUAUCAAUCGUCCAUCUGGACACAGUUUUUCUGAGCUCCCACGUUAGCUUUGAGGAACACGAGCUAGUUGUGUCAAUCCCCCGGUCUCACUGAACCAUCGUGGUGGUGCCAGAAGUCCUCGACACCCCUACCCAAAACGAGGGUGGCUAGAUUGCAUAGUCUUGAUCAUUGUUUAGCACCAAAGACACCUUCAGAAACCCAGCUGAGCAUGGAGUACUUGCAUACCUGCUCUCCCAUGGUAUCUCUUUGAUAAUCUCUCUCUUUGAUGAUAAAUACAGCACCACAUUGUUUGGGUUAAAGGCAUUCUUUUUAAUUCAUCUAAAUCUGCAAAUUCUCUAACUAGUAUAGAUUAUAUACUUGGAUAGAUAUAAGAAAACAGUUUUUUUUUUU